UCUUUUGUAGGUGGAUAUCCAGCAUCGUUUAUCCUAAACAGAAAGUCUUCAUCAGAAAUACAUAUAAUCUGUUAAAAUCAAGAGUGUUCCUUCUGUACCUGUGUACUGCCAGUGGUAAUCAAGACAUCAUCCCUCAUCAGAAGAUAUUCUGGAGUGUGUACAAUAAUAUCCCUCCUGUGACUAGCCUGCCUUUGAGAUGUAGUUAUCAUUUAAUGAGAGGAGAGAGGCGACCACUUUGGGAAGAGGAGAGUAAUGCCAAGGGCGGCGUCUGGAAGAUGAAAGUCCCCAAGGACAGCACGUCCACAGUUUGGAAAGAAUUGUUGUUAGCGACAAUCGGGGAACAGUUCACAGACUGUGCCGCUGCAGAUGAUGAAGUAAUAGGAGUCAGUGUCAGUGUCCGGGACCGGGAAGAUGUCGUCCAAGUCUGGAAUGUAAAUGCGUCUUUAGUGGGCGAAGCAACCGUUUUAGAAAAGAUCUAUGAACUUCUGCCCCACAUAUCUUUUAAAGCAGUAUUUUAUAAACGUAAGUGCUUCAUUUUCAGUUAUUACUUUCUAGCUUAUUCUGUCAUACUUUUAAAGAUAGAGACUGUGUUGCAAAUGAGAUGGAGGUAGAAUCACUCGAAAUUCUAUAAUCCAGAAAAUAAUUCAAUAAAAUACAUGUGUUUUGUUUAAAAAAAAAAGUUUAGUCUCAGAAAUUAAAAUGAGAUUUUAUUAUCAUCUAAACACAUGAAUCAGAAAAGGUGAUACAUAUUGUAUUUAUUUCAGAAAUUUAAGCCUGAUCUUAAAUUUGUCAUUCUCAGGAAAAAAAUUACCUUCUAUUUGAAGCAACAAUAACAAAAAUGUUAUUAUAUGAGCUGGCAGGUAGAUAUUCAAUCAUCCCUUCAUAAACAGGAAUUUAUAAUGUAUAACAUCUGUAUUUGUGGAGGAACUUGUUCUGAGCGCGGGGAUGAUUGAAUGUUCUACUGAAAUGCUAAUACUUCCUCAUUACGGAAGACUGUGACACAGAACGAAAGAGAAUUCACGCACAGUGGUGAAAUGUUAACAGUAUGAAUAGGUGUGUGGACCCAUUGUUUCCAUCAUGAUUCAUGUUCAUUGCUUUUGUGUGCUCUUUUGAAAAAGUCAUCUUUUUCAUAAUGAAAACACCCCUGUGCUUAUUAAACCAAUGUUUGGUAGAUCAAACUGCAGGUUACACUUUUAACAGUGAGUUAGAGAAACGUACUGAUAGCCCUACACAUACAUGUGAUAAAUUCCUAUUUCCCAAACUACCCCAAGAGCCGAUGACCCAAUUUUUUAAACUCUGGUAUUUCAUGGACUCUAAGAUGCCC